CUCCGCGUCCCUGUCUGUCUCUCUCUCUCUCUCUCUCUUUCUUUCUCUCGCGCGCUCUCUCUUUCUCCGUCUCUCUCUCCUUCUCUCUUCCGCACUCAGAACGGAGAGCGUUCUUGAUCUCUCGCGCGCCUCGGAUUCCGCGACUAACGCAACGCCAGCGGCAGUGAUACCCGGUUCCAUCGAGCGGCGAGAGAUCGUGCGCUCGUCGUCGUCGUCGUCGUGAUCGUCGUCCGCGUUUUCCUGCACCGCCGGAUUCAAGUGCGAUCGAUAAGUUGGUUUUGACAAGCGCACGGACCCGGUGAAGAAGCAGCCAGCCACCCGCUCGCCCGCCAUAGCUCCUCGUCGCUCCGCAGGAGAGGAUCGCCCCCGUCUGUGGAUAUUUACUCGACGCAGGGAGCCUCUCGCGCAAAAGGAGCAGGAUAUAGGAUGGGCCGAGCCGUGCGAGCAGGUGUCGUUCAACAUUGAAGAGGAGGAGUAUCUCAAAAAAGCGAGAAAAGCAGGAAAGCGCGAAGGAUGCCUGCUUCGUCGCAAACCGCCGCAUCCGAGCGGCGAAACGAAAGGGCGCUGACGACGCAUGAACCACCGAAAUUGAAAACGACCUUGAAAACGCCUCCCAAGCAAGCAACCAAUCCUUUGCAAUUCGUCAAAGUCGGACCAUGUUCGCUGUAUCGAACCGCGCAGGAGCAAUUGCAGAAAGUCCAAGAAGUAAAGAAAAUCAAACAGGAAGUCCGCGAUGAUCCGGAGGAUUGGCAAUCGAAUUUGGAUAACUGGAAGAGUAGCCGGAGGAAGCGGCAGGAACAUAUAAUCGAGCGGGUGGUGGAGGUGAAGAAACUCGAGUUAGAGGAGCACGAUCGUCAGCGUCGUCGGAACAAAACCUUCUCGGAGAUGAUGGAGGAGCGCGGUAACAGGGGCCGUAAGCUGAGCAUUAGCUUGGCUAUGUACAACGACGAGGACGCGAAUGAUCUCAGUGACCUCGGGAUCGGUACCAGCAGCGGCAAGAGCUCGGUCAGCGGCGAUACGCAUGACGACACGCAUAGUGUUUUGAGCGACAGGGACAGCGAGAUCGAAAAGAGUCAUUCGGAUGUCGAUAACGCCACCGACAUGACCUCAUCCACGACAACGAGCACUGCAACGACGACGACGGCAAUAAUCGCGAGCACAUCAGCAACAGCAACGAUGACGUCAGCAACAACGAUGCUGACGGCGACGACGGAUACAAGUACAGCAAUAGCAUCGACAACGGCGGCAACAGCGACGGCGUCUACCGCGAGAAAGAUGUUCGGCGGUGCUUAUCACGGCCACCUAAAUCACAAUCAGGAGUACGAUUCCGGCACUACCGCGACAACGAGCUCGCCCGAGCCGGAGGAAUAUACGUACGAAGGCGCCAUUCGCGGUUACGUAUCGAGAGUGUCACAAAACAUACCGCGGAGAUCUUUGACCGGGAUCGACUCUAAAUUGGAAGUGGCAAAAUCGUCAGUGAAUGGUUCGAAGACGAACUUAAACGAUGACAGUAGUAAAUCCCCGCUGUCGGUGGUGAAGGUAGACAUAUUGAAGCGACGCGAGGUGUUUGAGAAGGCGUCGCAAAAGAGCAACGACGGCAAGACGAACAACAGGCUGUCCGGUGACUUCACUGGCACGAAAUCGAUCAAAGAGAGGCUGUCAAGUCUCGAGAGACAGAAAUACGAGACGGAAAACGGCGACAAGGCCACUAGUAAAACCCUCAACCGAUUGUCCGGCGACAUGAGUUCUAUCCGGGAGAGGCUCACUCACUUAGAAAAGCAAGCUUCGGAGCGAGAGAGCAAGAGUUCCGUUCACCGCAAGCUCAGCACGGAGGAUCUGGAGACGGUGAGGCCUCUCAGGGAGAGACUGUCCACCUUGGAGAAAUACAGUAGCAGCGACGAGUCCUCGGUGCCGACUACGACAAAUGAGUCGCGCUCGCAUAAUGGCGAGCUUACCGCCAGGACAAUCAAGGAUCGUCUCAGCGCUCUGGAUGCUUCUAGGGGUAAGGAUACGAUGGACAAACGAGGGCCCGUCGUACAUGUCGGCAAGCAUCCGCUCUGUUUCCGUGACCCGGAGAACAGAGUCGACACCUCGACGCCCAGCGAGAGGAGUUCGUCGCCCGAUUCGGAGUAUCGCGUACCGCGAGCCGUCUUCCACAGGAGCCUGGACUCCUUGGACGCGGACGCGUCCAGCGGUCCGGACACUUUCGAGCGCGUGCAAAGCCUCGAGGAGCUCGAUUAUGGACGCCAGUAUCCCGCCUCGUCGUCGUCCGCGGAACUCCUGAACGACACCGACCGCGAAGACUCGGGUAUCCACACCGCGGACGUAAGUUGCUCGGUCAGCCAGGCGGAUGAGCCGAUCGACGAGGAAAUCGUGCAGCACACCGGCGGUGCGAUUAUCGAACGACGAGAAGUUAUUGAGGAAAGGGUCAAGACUACGUCUAUCGUCCAGGAGGAUGCAUCGACGUCGGGCACGACGGUAGAAGCGCCGAACGAUACCGCGACGGCUAAUCAUUCACAGUUCACCAACCACCGGGAGGCAGUAGCAGUGAAUAAGGGUACUGCUGACAUCUCUGGGAAACUGUCAACUAACAAAUCACAGCCACAGUCGCACAUUGAGACCAUUACUAAUUCUAAUACACUUCGUUCGCAUACUUCCGUGCCUCGCGCGAUCACCCAUCCGAGUUCCAAAGUACCUCCGCGAGAAACAACGGUUCCCGAAAGCUUUUCGAAAGUACGCGCGUUCGGCAAAGACACGGUCGAGUUCAAGACAGAUUGCGAGUCGAGUCCCAACGAGUCUGUAGUCUCGGCCAGUCUGAAACUCUGCAUCGAGCAGGCGAGACCGAAAUUCGUUGGCCAAGCGAAGCGGCAGAACCUGUCUAAGGAACCCCUCUCUAGUCUCCCCCAAUCUCAGCCGUGUUCGGACACCAUCCCUAGCGCGGAGACAUACCAAUUGUCGUUUCCCGCCGUCAGAGCGACGACGAUCCCGACUAGCCUCCCUCUCGAAGCCAGUCCAGUUUCCAAACCCGCGUCUUGCCGCACCACAUCCAAGAUUCCCACCCCUCUCUCUCGCAAAGCCGCCAAGUCCUCGCCAACGAGUCCCGACUCUGUCUUGAUCUCGCCCAUUUCCAAAACCUCGCCCUCGAAGGCGCACAGCGCGAGUAACAAACCCUCAACGAGCCAGUCUCCCUGCCCGAUUCGGAGAACGUCCGAACCGGCGACGACCGUCGAGCUCUCCUCGCCCCUGUCCCCGCAAGCGAGUUCAGUGGAGCCUCCGCCCUCGCCCUCGUCGAGAUUACCCCCAGCGAGUGUGCGACGACACGAGGAUACGCUGCUGUCUCCGGAACGACGUCGCACCGUGGUGGAAGUGUGCGAGAAAGUAGUGGUACCUCAGGGCAAGGCACCCGCGUCGCCGCCGGUGACGCCGUUCAUCACGGUGAACUGCGUCAGCGCGUCGGACAAGCGGACAACCCCCGUCGCCGAGGAACGGAUCGUUAUCGAGAAAGCGGAUCUAGAGGAGGAGGCGACCGCCGUUGCGAACCGCCCAGCGGCUCCCGCAGUCGAGAACAAGCAGCAGGAAACGACAGAGACGUCGGCGAGCGUCGGGAUGCCCGCUGCCGUCACCAUGAAGAAGUGCGACGUCGACGUCGAUGUGCACGACGCGCCAAACACCAUGGUCGCCACGCCGACAGUUGGCCAACCGCUGGAACGACCGACGAACCUGAGUUUAGCCAAGCAGGAAGUCAAUUUGGCCGACACACUAAAUAUUCCGAGUCCAACCUCGCCGAUUUCCAAACAAAUUUUACCGCUAACUUUGUCCAACAACGAGGAGAUAAUCGCCGAUCAAUCUUUCCUUCUGAGUCCACCAACGAGCGUAGAACCCCCGAAGGAGAAACCACCGCCACCUCCAGUGGAUGUGAGCGACGAAGAGACUCCUCCGCCGGAGCUGCUCAAGAGAUUGAACUCCACUCGCAGAAUCAAGAAAGAGUUGCGCACGAGACGCUCCGAUUUCCUUGGUAUUGAAGGGCAGGUCAACGAUGACGAUCUCGAACCCGAGUUGACGCUAACGAAACCACCAGAUAUGGCGGCGAUUCUUGCCGAGGAGAGACGCAUCGAACAACUCCAUCGUCGCUCGUACGACACCGACAGUAAUUACGAGCAAGAUUCGAGCCACGAGAGAGACUCCGGGGUCGAGUUGGGACAUGUCGAGGACUGGGCGAAGCAGCCGGUUAGCCCCGACAUGUCGCAGCACAGUAGACAGAGCAGCGAGCCCUUCGGCGCCAGUGUCACUUCCUCCGAAGAGGAUGAAAUAACGAAGAAAGAGCGAGAGAUCAUCGAGGUCCUCGAGAAGGAAGAACAGUGGCGAUACGGUGACAAUCGCGAAUACAACAGUGACUUGGGGGAAAAACUGGCCCAUAAACUGCGCGAACUCGAGGAAGAAAAGAUGCAACUGGAGAGGGAGGCAAUAUUGCGCUGCAAUGAGGACGCAUUUCGUAAGAGGGACGACAGCGCACGCAAGCAGGAAGAUUCCUCACACGAGCAACCGCAACAGCAACACGAUGAGACAGCGAAACAGCGGGAGACUCAGGCACAAAUGACCGAGGAGGAAGCAAAGUACAUCGGAGACAAGCGAAAGGACGAGGAGCUUGAGUCGCAGUCGGAACAACUGAGGAUGCAGAACGAGAUCGAGGCGAAAGAGCGCAGAGUCGCUGAUGCGUGUCGCAAGGAGGAGAUGCGCAUCCGAACGAUGGAAAGUCAAAUUCGCGAGCAAGAGAACAAGGCAUUGGUCGGUGCUGGGUUGAGCAGCAACGAAGAUGAAUUCCCUUCUGGGGAAGUAUUACGAGUGGAAAGGGAACUUCUACAAUUGGAACAAGAAGAAUUAAAGAGACAACGCAAUAAUUUGGUUUAUCGCGAGCAGAAGCAGCUCAGAUUGGCUGAGCAGUUACAGGAACAGUGGAAAUCGUUGCAAGACGUUGCGCAGAAUUCUAUUAAAAAUAACACGCAACAGUACAAAUAUCAUACGCCUGCGGUGAAUUACAGAUCUUCGAUGCCGAACUUGCAGUUUCAAGAUGCAUCGAGAAGGAGACCACCGCCACCGCCGAUUCCACUUUCUAAACCACGUAUGCUAGAUCAGAGACAAAGAGAUGUUACAAUCAGGAAUAGCCGUAUACCAUCCGCGGAUUCCAUUCCUCAACAAGUAGAUGCAUCCAUUCGGGAGAAUGCGGUACAAACAACACUCGGAAAUCACACUGGUCAACAAAUGUCCAGGCAAACCUUACAGGCAUUAAGCGCGGUACCGCGUCCACGAAUUGUUCAAGGUGAUCAGUGGGUUCAGCGAAGAAAAAGUGAUGUGCCAAGAGGUGCUCAUGAUGUGAACUAUCAACAUUGGCUUAUUCAAGAAGCAGAACAAAGGAGGAUUAAUGAGAGAAAUCAACGAUCACCGGCGCGAAAAUCUCAGCCGCAUGUAACUGGUACUUCCGUACCAUAUAACGCUCCAAUUCGGGCAGAUAGUAAACCGCUACCAGAUUCUAUCAUACAAACUCUAACACAAAGGGUACAGAAUAAAACGCAAGAGAAACCUCUUCUAACAAGGCGAAGGCCGGAGCAAGUUCACAAUCAAGAACACUUGACUGUGCAACAUCAAUCGCCCCAAUACACGCUACAAUCUCAAAAAACGCAACAUGCGCCAAUCGCAAAUAACAACGGGAAUCAGGAAAAAAUGUUGAGCGUGAGUGGGAAAAAGAAGUGUUCACACUGCGGAGAGGAAUUAGGUCGAGGCGCUGCGAUGAUAAUCGAAAGUCUACGAUUGUUCUAUCAUAUGGAAUGCUUUAAGUGUUGCGUAUGCCAUGUGCGUCUCGGCGAUGGAUUGAUGGGAACGGACGUACGCGUCCGAAAUCACAAGCUCCACUGCCAUAACUGCUACUCCAGUGAUGAUGGUGUCAAGUUCAGUUGUGUGUAGAGGCCUGGUGGUUAACGGAAUUACGCUGAUUAACUUGAUUGUAUCGCUUUUCGGCUAUAUUUUAAGAUCUUUAUAAUCGACUAUUUAGUCACCUUAUUUAAAAGUGUCAUAUUGACGCGCAGCAUAAAAUAAAUUGCAUAAAUCUAAUUUUUUGACAGGUCAAAUAGAAAAAGGAAUGAUACCAUUGUCGCCACGCGAUAUAUUAUUUUCCGUAUUUUUUAUUCAAAAUAGUGAAUUCAACACAUGUAUGCAAUACUGUUUCUACCAACUAACAUGAAUCAUAUGCGAAGGAUGUAUAUAAGAUGUAUUUAUGUAAUUAGUUAUAGAAAUAAGAAAUCAUAAUUGUUGAGAUGGUUUAAUGUGGAUGUAACUGGCGUUACUUUACUGACGCUGUAUAUUUUUGUAAUAUAGUUCUCGUACUAUUUAUACCAGGUAUAUCUAAUUUACAACGGUUACAUAACAGAAUGCGCGCGAUUGUUUGUUUUUAAGCGAAAUCUUCGAUUUUUUUUAUUUGUACUUCGGAAGCGAAUAGGCUUGAAGUUGAGUCUCCGCCGAAAUAAUCAAAUUUUUAGUUUCGGGAAAUAGCCAAUAAUUACAAACAGUGGCGGAUCUAUGUGUUAAGAGUCUCCUGACGUAUAAAUAUGUGCUAAUAUUGUUUUUUUAAUUUAAAUUUUGCAAUUUUUUUCUUAUAAAUUUUAAAAACUUAUUAAAUGCCAAACAAUAUCAGAAAUAAAUUUUUUAUGCAUAUUUAUAUUCCCAUUUUUUUAAUGUGACUUGGCAUUCAAUAUUUCUUUUUAUAUUAUAAUAAUUAAAUUACAUAUCUACAAACCAAACUCUUUUACAUCUUACAGGAAUAUUAAUUUUAAAUCCGACAAAAUUAGUUUUAGGUCUGUUACAAUUUAUGAAUCAAAAUAUGUACUUGUAUCGGUAUUUCUACGAUGAUAUAUAAGAAUUAGUUCAAUGCGAUCGUGCGAGCAAGACAAUUCUUCAAUCGCUUCCUAUAUAAUUGUAUCGAAGACAUGUUACAUUGUGAAAUAUUGUAACAUACGCAUCUCGUGUUAUUAACGUAAUUUUAUAUUAUUAGAGAGAAUAAAUAUAAAAAAAAAUA